CAAGUUUCCCAGGGUUUUCGACUUCGUCGUGAACACCAAUCUUGACUUGCGCUUGGGUUACUUUGGGAAGAGAAGGUACUUCCGGGAUAUUCUGCUUUAUUUGGGAAGUUUAUUUCCAUCGCUCAGAGCAUUGCAACCAUGGCGAAAGUGUUCUCUUAUGCGGAAGUGUCCCAGCACAAUACCCCUGAAAGCUGCUGGGUCAUCCUCUACGGCUGCGUGUACGACGUAACCUCCUUCCUCCCCGAGCACCCGGGCGGCAUAAAAGCCAUCCUCAACCUCGCCGGCCAAGACGCAACCUCUGAAUACGAUCCUAUCCACCCCAGCAACCUCCUAAAGGAAAGUCUCAAACGCGGAGAUGUAAAGAAACUCGGCACCCUCGACGCCUCCACCGUCCCAUCACCCACCUCACCCUCCAACACCUCCGCGUCCCCCACCCCCUCAAAACCCAACCUCCAGCACCUCCUCAACCUCGACGAAAUCGCGUCGACCGCCCUCCAACUCCUCUCCCCAAAAGCAAAAGCCUACUACCACUCCGCCUCCGACGACCUGUACUCCAAAACCUUGAACUCGACUGUCUACUCGCGCAUCCUGCUGCGCCCCCGCAUCUUCCUAGACUGCACCACCUGCACCACCGCAACCACCUUCCUAGGCCACAAAGUCCACCUCCCCAUCUUCGUCUCCCCCGCAGCCCUCGCUCGACUAGGCCACCCCUCGGGCGAGCGCGGCAUCGCCGAAGCCUGCAACACCUUCAACGCAAUGCAAAUCAUCUCACACAACGCGUCGCAAUCGCCCGAGGAGAUCGUCAGAGACAUGCCCGAGUCCAUGGUAUUCGGAUGGCAACUGUACGUGCAGAACGACCGGAAGAAGAGCGAAGCCAUGCUCGCCCGCAUCCGGCACCUCAAACAGGUAAAAUUCAUCUGUCUGACACUCGACGCCCCCGUGCCCGGGAAGCGCGAAGAAGACGAACGCUUCGGGAACAUCGGUGCCGGUGCGCCUGUCCCGAGUGGCAUCCAAGCGGCAAAGGGGACGGCCAAGGUGUCCGAAACCAGCGCUUCGCCAACGACGACUGGCGUCUCGUCACCACCACCGAAGAAGAGCAACGACUCGACGGCCGGCCCCGGAGCAGGUGUAGGCCGGUCCCUCUUCUGGGGCACCGCCGCAGACCUCACAUGGCGCACCACGCUCCCCUGGCUCGCGCAGCACGCGCCCAAACUCCCCAUCGUCCUCAAGGGCAUUCAGACGCAUGAGGACGCGUACCUGGCCUCGCUUCACGCGCCCCAGGUCCGCGCCAUCAUCCUGUCGAAUCAUGGCGGCAGGGCGCUGGAUACGGCGCCCCCGGCCAUUCACACGCUGCUCGAGAUACGCAAGUAUUGCCCCGAGGUGUUUGAUAGGGUCGAGGUGUGGGUGGAUGGCGGCGUGAGGAGGGGCACAGAUGUAGUCAAGGCGUUGUGUUUGGGGGCGAGGGGCGUGGGCGUCGGAAGGGCGGCGUUGUAUGGGUUGGCGGUUGGGGGGAGCGAGGGCGUGGAGAGGGUGUUGGAGAUCUUGAAGGCCGAGACGGAGACGUGUAUGCGGUUGCUUGGGGUCAAGAAUGUGGAUGAAUUGGGCAUGCAGCAUAUCAAUGCCCGCGCCGUGGAGAGGGAUAUCUACGACGGUCCGGACAAUCUGGCAAAGGCAACGCUGUCGAUUGGGAGGCCGAAACUGUAGUCACGCAGAUGCAUUGAUUCUGCACUUCCCGUUUUGUAGUUACGAGAGCAUGUUCUGUUCACGAGACAGGCAAAAUAGAAAUCAUGCAUCCAUUUAAGUAGAAAACGACAUGCUGCGUCCAUCGGGACAGGGUAUCUAUCAAAAUAUAGUACAGAAUGUAUGUCUUUUCGUUAUUCGGG